AUGGAAUUACUUAGGAAUAUCGCUGAACAGCCGACGAAUAGCAACAGGAUGUGCGAGCCCAACCAGCAGGGGUCCUGUGAACUGCGGAGAAAGAGAACAGAGGAUCGCGGUCAUGCACCUGCGGAGAUGGCGAGGAUUGUCACGGAUCACGCCAGCGGGAAAUGUUACUGCCGUGGGAAAGUUCUGGGAAAGGUAGCCAUCAGUGAAUUAUAAUACAACGCAAAUUACGCAAAGACAAGAUGGUUCUUUAUAAAUCUUCACUUUGGGAAUAGUACAUUGUUAUUCCAAAAUAUGCACAAUUUUAAUUAGCUUGGUAAAUAAGCUUACCAAUAUGAAUGUGUUAUUUUCUUUUCAGGGAGGUUUCGCCAAGUGCUAUGAGAUGACCGACCUGUCCACGAGUAAAGUUUAUGCAGCAAAAAUUAUUCCCCACACGCGCGUCUCCAAACCGCACCAACGGGAAAAGGUAAGAGCGCGCGCCACUCUUCAUCAUGCAUUAUUAUAAAGCUAUAUAGACUGACACUAAAUGUCCUGGACUUUUGGAUAAUUAAUUGCUUUUAAUCAUCACUAUGAUAUCUCUUCUCCAUAGAUUGACAGGGAAAUCGAGCUACACAGAGUUCUCCACCAUAAACACAUCGUGCACUUUUACCAUCAUUUCGAGGACAAAGAUAACAUCUACAUUCUCCUAGAAUACUGCAGUAGAAGAGUGAGUGUUAAUGUUCUACUUAAAUACUGAGCAUUUAUUUCUAAACUGGUUGGAGAAAUGUCUGCAUAGCAGCACCUCAGAACCACAGCCCUCAAUGGGCAGUCAUGUCUCUGGCUAAUGUGAAAGAUAUGUUCUUACUUUCCAUAAUUGGCUGACUGCCUUGACUGAUCUAAUAUGUAUUCUCCCCCAUGUUCUCUUUGUGCAGUCUUUGGCACACAUCCUGAAGGCACGCAAAGUGCUCACGGAGCCUGAAGUGCGAUACUACCUCCGUCAGAUCAUCUCAGGGCUGAAGUACCUGCAUGAACAAGAGAUCCUGCACAGAGACCUCAAACUGGGUAAGCAUCUAUAUAGCAAGACACACAGUAGAAGCCAGAGUCUUUAUCAUUAAAUCGGCUCUGCCAAACACUAUAUGCAGAGAGAUCCAAACCUGCAACCUUUACCUGUCAUGAACUGCAAACCAACCACUUUAUGUUAUUGAUCACUCACAUACAGUAAAUGGUUUAAUAUUUGUAAUCUUCUCCCCUCCUAGGUAACUUCUUUGUGAAUGAGUCGAUGGAGCUGAAGGUGGGAGACUUUGGGCUGGCAGCCAAGCUGGAGUCUGCUGGGAACAGGAAAAAGACCAUCUGUGGGACGCCCAACUACCUGUCCCCUGAGGUGCUCAACAAGCAAGGCCAUGGCUGUGAGUCGGACGUCUGGGCCCUGGGCUGUGUCAUGUGAGUACACUACUAUAUUUAUACCUUUCUUGUCAAUAGAGGGCUCUGUAAAAUGAUAUUCUCUAUGUAAAUAGACUGUAAUGACAACCAGUCUCUAACUAAGUCUCUCCCCCUCCUCUGUGCUCCAGGUAUACCAUGCUCCUGGGCAGACCCCCAUUUGAGACCACCAAUCUGAAGGAGACGUACAGGUGUAUCCGGGAGGCAUGUUACUCCCUGCCCUCCUCCCUGUCGCCCCAGGCCAAACAGCUCAUCUCCAACCUCCUGGCCAAGACCCCAGAGGACAGACCUCGCCUGGACCACAUACUGCGCCAUGACUUCUUCACACAGGUGAGUUAGCUCAACCCCUUUAUCUUGCUCUCUCUGUACCAUAUGGAGAAUGAGACUGCAAACCUAGUUUAUUUUUAACAUCCUGCUUCCUGCUUGUAUAUUGUGAUAUGUUUUUAUUCAACUAUCUGUUAUCCAUUAUUCUCUUAACAUCUCUCGCUCUCCCCCUCUCUCCCUCCCUCAUUUCAGGGUUUCGUGCCAGAGCGUCUCCCUGCUAGUUGUUGCCACUCCGCUCCAGACUUCCACGUCUCCAGCCCUGCCAAGAGCUUCUUCAAGAAGGCCGCGGCCGCCCUCUUCGGCGGGAAAAGAGACAAGGUCAAAUACUACGAGACUCUGAGUGAGUAUAUCAAUCAUUCACCUCGCAAGACAGCCUUAGCCAAUGUCGGCAAUUAAUAAAUCAGUAUUUGUUUACCUCAUAAAAGGACAUUCAACAUUUUUGCUAAUUAACAAGUGGUGAUAAAAGCUGUGGUGUCAUAAAUCCACAGAUUUAGCUAUGAUAGUUGUUGGCAAAUUUCCUAGCUAAUCACACAUCUGGUUUGAAUGAGAGGCUGCAGGGUGAGGCCAUCCAGAAUGAAUGCUGACUGUGUAUUGUUGUCUCUGGUAGAUAAACUGACCAAAGAGGAAGAGGAGAUCUACAAGCUUCGACAUGACCUGAAGAAGACGGUCAUCAGCCAGCAGACCAAAGACAUGACUGAGGUGAGGUGAUAGUCAUGAUCAAAAUAAAAUAGAAAGUCAUGAUAAAGGAAAGUGUGAGGCUAUGUUAUUUAACCCCUCCCUUUUUCUUCUCCUCUCAGGAUGGAAGGCCACUGUCACCAUCUGCUGGGAGGCCGGUCGCCCCGUCAACCGAGGGCCUGCCCCCGAUGACGCGAGACACCAUACGGCUUAUCGUCAGGGGCAGUCUGGGUAGCUGCAGCAGCAGUAGUGAAUGUCUUGAGGACAGCACCACUGGCAGUGUGGCUGAGACAGUCGCCAGCGUUCUCAGAGGAUGCCUGGAAAACCUGCCCAAAGGUAAGCCUAUUGCACAGCUGAGUUUGUUGACAUUAGGCAGGUACAGUGUAAUUACACUGUAGUACUUACUACCAUGUAAAGAAAUGAUUCCAACACCAAUGGAACUUAUAUGAUAUGAUGAAGUGGGACUCCCUUUGUUAUUGCAUAUGGUUGAAUUAAGCAAUAAGGCCCGAGGGGGUGUGGUAUAUGGCCAAUAUACCACAGCUAAGGGCUGUUCUUAAGCACCUGGAUACAGCCCUUAGCCGUGGUAUAUUGGCAAUAUACCACAAACCGCAGAGGUGCCUUAUUGCUAUUAUGAACUGGUUACCAAUGUAAUUAAAUGUUUUAUCAUGCCCAUGGUAUACGGCCUGAUAUACCAUGGCUGUAAGCCAAUUAGCAUUCAUGGCUCGAACCACCCAGUUUAUAAUUGUGUUUUAAUCACAAAUACCUUUCCUCUCCCUCUCUCUCUCUCUCUAGCGGAUGACAUCCCUAAAGGGACAGAGUGCAGUAACCUGCAGUGGGUCACUAAGUGGGUGGACUACUCCAACAAGUAUGGCUUUGGCUACCAGCUCUCAGACCACAUAGUGGGAGUUCUGUUCAACAACGGGACACACAUGAGCCUCCUCGCAGACAAGAAGUACGUACUCUGUUCUCUUUAUCACACAAUACAUCACUCAUACCUUAGUUGGAGAUACGUUAGUUGGGCUGUACUGGAAAGCACUCCCAGCUUCAGAUGUAAAAGUAAACAAAAAGUCAUAGAAGGUAUUUUUGUCCUUUAGGCUGUCAUACUCUGAUAAAUAAAUAAAAUCAAUCUGUUUGGCAUGCAUAAAUAAACACCCAACAGGUGUUUAUUUCGGUUGUUAACUCUCUCUCUCUCUUCUCUCUCUGUCUGUAGGACUGUCCACUACUAUGCUGAGUUGGGUCAGUGCUCUGUGUUCUCCACCUCUGACGUCCCUGAGCACUUUGUAGGUCAGGUGACCGUCCUCAAGUACUUCGCCCACUACAUGGAAGAGAACCUGAUGGAUGUAAGUAUUCCCCAAAUAGCAUCUAUAGCCUCUCCUCUCAUCCUCUGCUCCUCUCUUUUCCUUUCCUGUUGUUCCUAUCUUCAGCAACCUAUCUAUUCUAUCUAUCCUCUCAAUUUCUUCCUACUGUUACUAUCUCCUCAUUUUCUCUCCUCCUUUCCGGUCCUUUCUUCCUCUCCCCACCUUCACCUCCCGGUCCUCUGCUCCGCUCCACUCUCCUUUCCUUCUCCUCCUAUCCUUUCCUGUCCUCCACCCCCCUCUUUCCUUUCCUAGUCUUCUCUCAGUCUAAUGAUGAACCUGUUCCUGUGUUUGCUGUGUAGGGUGGAGACCUGGUGAGCCAGGCAGACACACACAUGCCCAGAAUCUACCUGCUGCAGUGGCUCAAGUCUGACCGUGCCCUCAUGAUGCUCUUCAACGACGGCACAUUUCAGGUAAACACACUCAUCAUCAUCACUGUCGUCAUAAUCAUCAUCACAGGCAAAAUAGACAUUACUCAGCCAAGAAAUACAUGAUACAGUGCAGCUUCGGUAAAUCAGCAGAACCCUUCAGGUAAAUAUUCAAAUCAGACACAUCGAUUUUCAGACAAAAUGAGCUUAUUCUAACACAUGGCACAUUUCAGGCACACUGGUCAUCAGUAUCCCAAAGUGGGUCUAAUAUCUCCAGUAAUGUUGGUACUAUGCUAUUUGUUCUAUGUCCUAUCCUGUCAGUACUUUAUUAAACCAUAUAUAUCCAUAUAUUUCUCUAACAGGUCAACUUCUACCAUGACCACACUAAGAUCAUCCUGUGCACCCAGAGGGAGGAGUACAUGCUGACAUACAUCAACGAGGAGCGUGUGUCCUCCACCUUCAGACUGAGCUCCCUGCUCACCUCCGGCUGCCCCGCAGACCUGCGCCAACGCAUGGAGUACUCACUCAACAUGCUGCUGCAGCGCUGCAACUGA